AUGGGAGUAACGGUCAAGUCAUCAGUCAACAUCGGAUUGAAAACAGGGUACUCUGUUUUGGUCACUGUAGCAGCCGGUUUCGUCGGAAUCCACAUCAGCGCCGCCUUGAGAUGCCGUGGUGACUGCGUUUUAGGGUUAGACAAUUUUAACAGUUAUUACGAUCCUACCCUCAAUAGGGCUCGUCAACAUGUGUGGAAAAAAAAGUGGGAUUUUCAUUGUGGAAUGGGACAUAAAGGACACCGAAACCCAAAAUCUUAUACUCAUAGUAAUAUUGCUGGUUUUAUUAUUGUUCUUGAAGUGUGCAAAAAUGCAAAUCCACAGCCUGCAAUUGUUUGGGUAUCUUCUAGUUCUGUUUAUGGGUUGAAUACAGAAGUACCCUUUUCGGAAAAAAGAUUUCGGAAAAAGAUCGAACUGAUCCUAUACGCUGCAACGAAGAAAGCGGCUGAAGAAAUCGCUCAUACGUAUAAUCAUAUUUAUGGGUUGUCUUUGACGGGUUUGAGGUUCUUUACGGUUUAUGGACCAUGGGGUAGAACACAUUAG